AUGAUUUUUCGACAAUCAACUAAUAACAUAAAUCAUCGAAUAUCUUCAAAUAAAAUUUUAAUAAUUCUUGCUAUUGCUUAUGAUUUGAUCAUAGUCGCUGGAAUUGUCUUUUUUAUUGUUGGUGAAAUAACAAAUAUUAAUUCUGAUAGACAUGGAUUUCCUAUAUUAGUAGGAAUAGCUAUUGCUUUGACUAUGAUUGGAUUAAUAGUCUUUGGUAGUGGAUGUUGUCUUAUACAAACAAGAUGUGUUGCACGACUACGACAAGCCAUUGCUGAAGAAUCAAUACAAUAUUCAUCAAAAUCACCAAUAGCAUUAAAAUAUCUUGGUUUACUUGCUAUGUCGAAAAUCUUACAUACACAUUCAAAAAGUGUUCAAGUACAUAGUGAUUUAAUAAUGCUUUGUCUGGAUAAUAAAGAUGAAUCAAUUCGUUUACGUGCACUUGAUCUUCUUUCUCGAAUGGCAAUUCUUCUUGAAAAUGAUUAUGUUUUUAUUCAUGAUUCAAAUUCUACAACUGUCUCCGAAGUUUUAUAUGCUGCUGCAUGGAUUUGUAGUGGAUUUUGUUCCUCAAAGUUUUUGGAUUUGGAUGGUUGGAUAAAUGAUCCUCAAUCAGACAGUGCAGAUGAAUCGAUAACAACAAGUUCAUAUUGUGAUAAUAAAGAUUUAUUUUAUGAUGAUAAUGGAGAAAAUUAUAAUUCUAAUUCAUACUCUGGUGAUACAUUAAGUUAUCAAAAAUCGAAAAAAUAUAUUGAACCAACUGCUGAAGAAUUAGAAAAACAACGAGAAUCAAAAAAACAAAAUGAACAAAUGAAUCCAUUCUAUUUACAAGAUUCAAAAAAAAACAAAAUUGACACAAAUAAGUUUUUAGUGUUAACUGAAACAACUUCGGGUACUAUAAAUGGUAAUGAUUGUAUUGAAUUAAUAUUAUCACAAGGAACAAAUGCUACUAGUUCACAAGUAACACUAUCUGAUCAAUUAUAUCGUCAAGUAAAAAUUGAUGAAGAAAAUCGAUGUUUAAAGAAAAAAAUCGAAAACUGA